AUGGCUGCUCAAGUUCCACGCAACUUCAAGCUCCUCGCCGAGCUCGAGAAGGGCGAGAAGGGCAUGGGUGCAGGUGCCUGCUCAUACGGUCUGGAAGACCCUGAGGAUAUCCUCAUGACCAACUGGCGAGGCACCAUUUGGGGACCCCCUCAUGGCCAACAUGAGAACCGAAUCUACGAACUCAAGAUGGAGUGCGGCCCGAACUACCCAAAGCAGCCCCCGAUCUUCCACUUCGUCAGCCAGAUCAACCUCCCCGGCGUGAACCAGCAGGACGGCCGCGUCGACCAGAACUCCGUCGGCAUCCUCCGUGACUGGGAGCGAAUCGCGACCGAGCUCUCCAAGAACCCCCGUCCCAAGGAGGACCCCCUGAGCCUCGAAGCUGCUUUGAUUGCGAUCAGGAAGUACAUGGACGAGCACAAGAAGCUGCCCCAGCCUCCCGAGGGCUCCAAGUACAUGCUCAAAGUCCACGCGCGCGACCGACAUGGCCGACACGCGCUGAUGCCGCGGGACCCACGCUUUGCUUUGUACCGGGCACUCCUGCGCCAGGUGCCACACAUCUCCCUACCGGCUGACCUGACAUCCCGCCCGGGAUGGAUCAACCCCAUUCGAUUCCUCAUCCACGCGGGCUUCCGCCGCAACAAGAACGACACGUCCCCGCGCCUCGUCACGGCCGCCCUGCAGAGCGGCUACCGCUUCCUCACCAUGCUCACGCAGGCCCAUGACGCCUCCGCGCCGCAGCACAGCGAGAUCGUGGCCUUCCUGCGCGAGCGGCAGAGCAGGUUCCCGCCCCCGCCGGCCCCGGGCGCCCGCGACCCGGAGGACGCAGACGAGAAGAGGCGCGCCGCGGCGCCGCCGCUCCUGACGCUGGUCAGCGCGCCGGGCGAGAAGCCGGUCUACAAGUCGACGGUGCGGCCGCGGCCGCUGGGCGAGCUGUCGGGCGGGGUGCGCAAGGUCCCCGUGCUGGACCAGACGAGCGCCGGCCACUCGUUCCUGCGGAUCGGCAAGCCCCAGUCGCACUUCCUGGGCAGCUUCCUGCAGCGCAAGUCCAAGACGCGGCAGCGGCGCAUCACGCUCAUGCAGGAGCUGGGCGACGAGUACCUGACGCAGGCGGGCGACGAGGACAGGUGGGAGGAGCAGCUCGUGCGGCUGGCGCGCGCCGAGGGGGCCGGGCAGCUCGAGGGCUACGGCUCGGGGGGCGGGGAUGAUGACACGUAUGUGCAGGCUGUCCACGUCGGGAUCAGGGAGGCGGGCGAGGGGCUCACGAGGGAGGCGGAGGACAUGUUUGCGCGGGCGAGGGCGAUGCUGGAUAUUGUUGAGGAGGAGAAGAAGCUCGCUGAGGCUGAGGCCAAGGACAGGAAGAGGCUGAGGAAGAGACAACGCGCGACGAGGAAGAGGGAGGAACGGGAAGAGGCCGAACGGGCGGAGCGCCGGCGGCGGUGGCAGGAGGCGCGGGAGCAGGAGACAUGA